AUGUCUCGCCCGAACGCAGCUCCGCAACCCGCCGCAAGCCAGGACGCACGCCAUGGAGACACACGGCAGCACGCACACGGGGGGCAGCACGCACAAGAGGGGCAGCACGUGCACGUGCACGAAGAGGGACAGCCUGCAGCGGUCGACGAUGGCAUAGCGACGGCGAAGGGGGAGCCGAUCGAGCAGGCGCCGGUCGAGCGGGCGCCAGACUCGGGCGCAACAGUCGACAGCACGGAGCCGAGCAGGCCAGCGGAGCGAAGCACGGCGGAGCUGGUCCAGGUCCAGGUCCAGGUUCAGGUUCAGGUCCACGUCCCCAUCCACGUCCACAUCCACGUCCACGUCCAAGCCCGUCCCGUCCAGCUCGACCCCCCUCCCGUCCAGCUCGACCCCCCUCCCGUCCAGCUCGACCCCCCUCCCGUCCAGCUCGACCCCCCUCCCGUCCAGCUCGACCCCCCUCCCGUCCAGCUCGACCCCCCUCCCGUCCAGCUCGACCCCCCUCCCGUCCAGCUCGACCCCCCUCCCGUCCAGCUCGACCCCCUCCCGUCCAGCUCGACCCCCCUCCCGUCCAGCUCGACCCCCCUCCCGUCCAGCUCGACCCCCCUCCCGUCCAGCUCGACCCCUCCGCGAGCACCCACGCCCACGCCCACGCCCACAGACAAGGCAGCCGGCAAGGCGCCCGUCCGCUCUCCCUCACCGCCGCCCCCACCACCCAAGGACGACAAGUACCUGGCCACCAGCAACAACGACAUCCACAGCAACAACAACAGCCACAGCAACAACAACAGCCACAGCAACAACAACAACAACAACAACAACAACAGCCACAGCCACAGCAACAGCCCCAGUCGCUCCACGUCGCCGCUGUCACCGCCCCCGCCCCCGCCCCCGCACCACGACAAGAGCGCGCGCUCCUCGGACGAUGCCGCCGCCGCCGACUACACGACCAAGCUGGACGGCGCCGACCACGCCGCCAACGACGACCACUCGGAGAUCCAGAGCAUCAUGGAGCAGUUUGACAAGGCAGCCGCGCACACGGCCGACCCCAGCUCCCCGCGCCUCGACUCGCCCGCCUUCCCGCCCCGCCGCUCGAGUCUCAUGCCCGUCGACAAGCCGCUGCCCACCCCCGCGCCCGCGCCCACCCCCGCGCCCGCCGACGACGCCGCCUCGGUCCGCUCGCUGCAGUCGCCCCCGCCGCGCACCUCGUCGCUCUACCGAGUCGGCACCAACACCUCCUUUGUCGAGCCGAGCUCGCCCAGCGCACACGCCCCCAAGUACAAGCCCGCCCAGCCAGCCCCCGAGCCCGAGCCCGACCUGCCCUUUGACUUCCACCGCUUCCUCGAGCAGCUGCGCCACCGCACCGCCGACCCCGUCGCCAAGUUCCUACGCUCCUUCCUGCUCGAGUUUGGCAAGAAGCAGUGGAUGGUCCACGAGCAGGUCAAGAUCAUCGCCGACUUCCUCGACUUCAUCAGCAAGAAGAUGGCCCAGUGCGACGUCUGGCGCUCCGUCUCCGACGCCGAGUUCGACAACGCCCGCGAGGGCAUGGAGAAGCUCGUCAUGAACAGGCUCUACCACCAGACCUUCUCCCCCGCCAUCCCACCCCCCGAGCCCGCAUCCCCGCGCAAAUCCCGCCGCCGCCAGGAGCCCCCACCCCCCGGCCGCCGGGGCCAGCACCAGGAGGACGUGGAGCGCGAUCAGGUCCUGGCCCAGAAGGUGCGCAUCUACAAAUGGGUGCGCGAAGAGCAUCUCGACAUCCAAGACGUGGGCGACAAAGGCCGCAAGUUUCUCGCCCUCGCCCAGCAGGAGCUCCUCAAGAUCAAAACCUACCGUGCGCCCCGCGAUAAGGUCAUCUGCGUCCUCAACUGCUGCAAGGUCAUCUUCGGCUUCCUGCGCACCUCCAAGUCGGACCAGUCCGCCGACGCCUUUGUCCCCUUGCUCAUCUACACCGUCCUGCAGGCGAACCCAGACCACCUCGUCAGCAACGUGCAGUACAUCCUGCGAUUCCGCAACCAAGACAAACUCGGAGGCGAGGCGGGCUACUACAUCUCCUCCUUGAUGGGCGCCGUGCAGUUUAUCGAAGGCCUCGACAAGACCUCUCUCACCGUGACCGACGAAGAAUUCGACAGGAACGUCGAAGCUGCCGUGUCCGCCAUCGCUGAGAAGCACGCCCCCGAGUCUGCAGAGAUUCACCCCGAGUCCGCAGCCGGGCCCGUCCAUGUCCAUACCUCCACCCAGAACCACCGCAUGCCGAGCCCGCACUACCACCACAUCUCUGAAAAAUCAGAACCUUCCCGCCCCGAAGUCAUCACACGCAACUCCAUGGAAGCGCAAACGGCAGGCCCGCGCCGCUCCACUUCGCUGCGCAACAGAGACCAACCCGACUCAAAGGACGAGCCGGAGGAGGAAAACGCCGCCGUCGCCGGCCUCCUGCGCACCAUCCAGCGGCCCCUCAGCACCAUCGGCCGCAUCUUCUCCGACACAGACACGCACGCAUCGAGCAGUGCACCGCCGCGGAGCAGCUCCACCCCGCUGUCCCCCAACGCCCACCACCACCAGCAACACGGCCACGAGCGCUUCCCCGGCGCCCAGUCGGCCCCGUUCAGCGAGAAACCCCAGCUCCCGCCCCGCCUCUCAGCCGAGGAGGAGCGCGCGCGCCAGCGACUGAGCACCCAAGACGCAGCGGCGCGGCAGGCAAGCGCAGAGGCGGAGCAGGCGCGUCGCAUCCAAGCGCAGGAGCACCAAGUCGUCGUCGAGACGCUGACGGGCAUGUUUCCGCAGCUGGACCGUGAGGUCAUCUCGGAUGUGGUGCGCGAGAAAGAAGGCCGUGUAGGACUCGCAGUCGACGCGUGUCUCGGUCUUGCGAAUCCGUAG